CACACACACACACAAUCACAUGUACAGGUUUCAUGUUUAAAUCAUGAGAGGAAUUGGCUCUAUAAUCUUUUUUUUUCCCCAUUUCUAAUCAUCAGUAAAUGUAAUUUACUAGUGAUGGUCAUCUUUGGGAAAACAACAGACAAUGUGAUGUCAAAAUAUCAGUAAAGCAAAACUGACAAAAUGAAACGUCUGCCUCUCUGCUUCACAGCAACAGAGUAGACAGCCAGAGUGUCUUGCUGCAGCUUCAGCCAAUUCACCAAGCUGCUUCUCAGAUUACACUUGGACCCGCCCCAUCAGCACACAGCUUAAGCCAGUGGUGAUGCCGCUUUUCUACACGGAGGCGUUGCUUUCAGGCUUAACCGCCUGGUUGCCUAGGGAACCGAGCAGCAGAGACAGACAGGCUGGGGAAACAAAGCGUUUCCAGGUCAGCUCCAACAUGGAGAGAGGAACAGAAAGACAAAGAGGUGGUGAUAUUGAGGUGGUGGUGGAUGAGAAGACCUCGGUGGAGAGACAGUGGGGGGAGGCAGAGGUGCUGGCUCUUAUGUCAGUGUGGGACGAGGUUGGAGCUCAGCACGUAGCUGAUACCAGAGCCACAUUUGAGUUGAUCUCAGAGCGCCUGAGGAGGCUUAGUGUUAUGCGCAGCUGGUGGGAGUGUCAGACUAAAUGCAGGAGCCUGGGACUCCAGGGCAGGAGGCCUGACGCAGCAGCACCAGGCACUUCAACAAAGUACAGCACAAGAGUGGAUGCAAGGCCGGAGGAGGGCUGGGAGCAAGAGUUGGAGGAUUUGGGUAAUCAAAGAAGAUUGUACCCAUCCUCAGGCACUAACCUAUCGCAGGAAGGGAUGAAGAAGCAUAUCCAACGAGCCCUUCCUUACACCCUGAGUCCUGCGGAGGGGGGCGGUCGCCACUGGACAGACGACGAGGUGCGAGCGCUGCUCUGUGUGUGGGCCGACCAGCGCGUUCGUCAGCGUUUAAAAUGCACACUACGCAACAAGUCAAUCUUCCAAGAGAUGGCGUAUCAAAUGCAAAGGAAGUUUGGGGUAGUGCGCAACUGGAAGCAAUGUCGGACCAAAUACAAGAAUCUGAAAUAUGACUACAAAACUGCAAAAAAUGCUCAUACUGCUGGAGGCGGUGCUUCAGGAGGCCCGGGAAAGUACAUGAAGUUCUUUGAAGAGGUCGAGGCAAUUAUUCUUGACCGUGGCUUGGAAAAUGGGACUUCCGAAAUGCAGAAACGGCUCUAUGAGGGAGAAGUGCCUGCAGAAAAUCUACAAACACCGGCAGGUCAUGCACCAUCCUCAGAGAGUGAGGUUGUCAUAGAGAUUGAUGAUGAUGACAACAGUGACGACUACGACAUGGACCUGGAGGCAAAAUGGAGAGGACCAGCUUCACCCAUCCCUGGCCAGAUCCAAGUGGUGACAGUGUCAGACACAGGACGAAACUGGAGUGACCAAGAGGUGCGAGCGCUGAUUCAAGUAUGGUCUGAUGAGCGUGUGUGCAGGCAGCUGGAGAACUCAACCAGAAAGAGAGACAUCUUUGUUCAGAUCUCCAACAGGUUACUGCAGCAGGGGAUUGAACGUGACUGGAAGCAGUGUCACACAAAGUACAAAAACCUCAAGUAUCUCUACCGUUCCCUCCAGAGAGGCAAGACUGAUGAAGCUAGACGUCUAAUGAAGUUCUAUGACGAGGUGGACGAAAUCAUGAAUCAGACAAAUAAUAGUUCACCGAGUGUCACUAGAACUGCAGAUCAACAAGAAGCAUCGGGAGAACGAAUGGAGAAAGACUGUGAAAGACAUCGCAAAGAUCUCAUCUAGACAAGUGAGAACGCGACGGCGGCGGCGACAAAGGCAGACUUGGAGGAGAGAAGUCGUAGUUCUGAUUCCAUCUCCUCCAUAAGCCUUGAUAUUCCAUCAAGUACUGAGGAGGAGAAAACACAUGACGCACAGGAACCUCGUUCCCAUCAACAGCACAGACUCACGAGUGAGUCACAGAGUCCCAAAACACAUUGUUUUAUUAUAUGUUGUGGUUAGCUUUCUAUCAUGAACAAAUAUAUCAGUGGACAGAGACAAAAGUAGGCAAUCACAUAGAAAUCUGGGGGACAAAAGAAAUAACUUCUUUCUUUUUUGAGAUACUUUUUCACCAUGUGUUCUAGUAAUUUUAUUUUUGUGAGGACAACAAUUCGUAGCUGAAUAACAGGACUGUAAAGAAAAGCUUGAUGUCAAGUAUUACAAAUGUGUAGCGUAAAUAGUAAUUUGUAUCAAAUACGCCAAUAAUGAAGUAUCCAUCAUUAGCCCUACACAUUCACGUAUAUAUACACAUUUCACUUUACAGCAGUAAAUAACUUAAUGGUAACUUAUUUCAUUCUGUGUUUGACUCAGGGAAUUAAGACUCUUAGAGAAAAGUUAGAAAUAAUGGAAAUUCAUACUUAGUCUAAAAAAAGGAACGGUUUGACCAACACCAUUUAAUAACAUUUUUAAUAGCAUUUUUUUUUUUUUUGCAGGCACUUGUGAAAACAGGACCAUACGAGUGGACACCUUUUUGGCAAACAGAGGAAUAAAAAGAAAAGCUGUGGACCAAGGUUUGAGAUGAGCCGGUGUCUCUUAUCACUUUGCAUGUCACAUGAUGUCAAAUAUUGAGCCGAGGCCUUAUUGACUGCUGACACCCCGAGUCCCAUGAUUCAUCAAGAAGCCACAUAAUGAACACAUAAAGGGUGGAUUGUCACGGCUAACAGGAAGCAGAAUGCUAGAUGUAUGUCAUUUCUGACCAUGGAAGUUAUAUAAAUAUAUAAUUUCUUGUUUCAGAAACCAUACUCCACACUCAAGUGAAAAAACGGGACACCGGCUCUGGGUCCACUGAUACUGACCGAGUCCAGUUUAAAGAGGAGCAGGAACCCAUCCCAAUUAUAAAGAUUCACUCAGUCCGUUCAAUGGCCUCCUCUAAUCCAUGCCCAAUAAAACAGGUAAUAACUACUCACUACUGAUGUGACAAACACAUGACCACGCAAUACAGUUGAUUUCACAAAGAUCUGUGGAAGAAAACUUUACCCUCCUAUUGUCCUAUUAUUUUUGUAAUCUCAAAGAGAGGAGACAUUUGUUUGGAGACAAAGGUUUUAGAGUCAUGUCAAUGUUUGGGUAGGUCAAAGAUCAGGUCAAAGAACAGCUGAACCAAGUAACUGAGGUUACUACAUAACAUAUACUCAGAUACAGGCUUAGUGUAUCUUUCAGAUGUUAAACUACAAGUAUUGAUGACUGAGUGGAACUAAGAACUCGCCUGGACUUUAAACUCGGUUUGAAAAAACCCCAAAACCCUUUACUUUGGGAACUAACUAAUACACAUUCUUUUGUCUCUAAGUGUUAUGUAUGAACAAUUGUUAACGCAAAAUAUCUCGGUCCUUUUUCUCCAUAUGUUGUAAAUUAUUUUGUUUUUACAUGGUGCGGUUCCCCGGAUGUAAAAAAAAAAAAAAGAAACAGCGUGGUCCCCGGUCACAUGUUGUAGUUUGUUUCGGUAAAUAAGUCAGCAGAAGUAAUGCGGAAGAUACAUUUAAAAUAAAAACGUCAACAGUGGCAAAAACUUAACAUGAAAGGUCUAACUUGGACCUUUUCGUCCUCUUUUGCAACGUUUUAUAAAGUGACAUCUUAAACGGACAACUGUGGA